ACAGUAGCCCUCCUGGCAGUGGGGUUUUCUGUCAAUGUCUUCGCCGGUCCGACUGUAGGGCAGUUGCCAACAAGAGUGAAACGUGAUAUCGCCUCAAUCGAGAGCGUACUCAGUGCUGUUGAUUCCCAAGUCAAUACUCUAAACGGCUAUAUAACCACUAGUCCACCCAAUCCAACUCAAAUCGUUUCAGCUUCUAACAGCCUGAACUCGAUAAUUGCGUCUGGUGUCACAACGGUUCAGGCGUCUGCUAAUCUUAGCGACUCCGACGCCCUCGGCCUUGUUAGCCCGGCUCAGACACUUUCCAAUGAUGUGAACACAACCAUCACGAACUUAAUCAAAAUCAAGAGCAACAUCGUAUCACUUGGCUAUGGAUGCACAACUCUGCAAAUACUUCAGCAACAGUUGACAGGGGCAAACGCGUUGUCGACUGCAAUCGUUUCUAAAGUUCCAGCAGAACUUCAAUCAAUUGCUACGGGUUUGACUGCUGGUAUUUCUUCAGCAAUUCAGAAUGGCGUCACCGCAUUCUCUGGGCAAUGCUCGUCCACUACCGCAACCUCUGCAACUUCUGCAACCUCUGCAACCUCUGCAUCGUCUAGCCCGCCUUCGACUCCUACCUCAACACCAGGAACCUCACCAGUGUCCACUACCACCACCGGUUCAUCCAGUCCGUCCUCCUGCCCAGCUGGAGAUGGUAGCAGCACCCCUACCACUCCAGGUGGUGGCCCAACCAGUACAGGUGGUGGAAACCCUACUAGCACAGGUGUCGGAACCCCUACCAGUUCAGGUGGUGGAGUCACAACGAGUGGAAGCAGUUCAGGCCCAGGCUCAGGACCGACUACGACACCUCCGACAACCGUUCCACCAACCUCAACCUCAAAGCCUACUUCUACUGGUGGAGGUGGUUCCGGCAGUUGCUCGUGUGCGACUGUGACUUUCACCUUAAUUAAGCCCUUCGGAGCAGACAGCUGUGGCGGUCCUCAGCAUUUAGGGUGGUAAAUUGAUAUAAGCCGACCCUUAAUUGGUGGCGCUUUUUGUUUGACUGUUCGGUGGUUGCUUGAGCACUUUGUUUCAUUAUACUGCUCGCUUCCAAUAUCAAUACUCAGAGGAUAAAGAUGAAAUAC